ACCAUGCGUGUGCCAUAGCUGACCAUAGACCGGCUCAGAAGUGGCCGAGACAUUCGCCUCUCGACCGCGACCAUGAGAGCACUCAACUCUCGACGCCCACGGUCGAUCACGAGCAUCCAUCGACUCGUGUCUCGUACAGUUCUCUGCUUCUUCCUUCUGCUCUGCGUCCUUCACGACGCGCGAGCGCGUAGUGUGCCUCACGAUGACGAUGGUGUUGCGGCCGAUCAAGUGCACGGCAAGAUUUCGGAACCGGUGGAGGUGAGUGACACCAAUUCCGACGGCGUAAACAAAGAGACGGAAAACGCGAACCGAGCGCGAAGUUUGACGGAGGAAGAAUACAACGAAGACGACGGAAGAAAGAUUCCCGUAAAAGAGAUAUCCAUUGACGAUUCCGAGAAAAUCCAGGUCGAAGCCGACGAAGGCAGUGUGGCGAAAAAGAGACGAAGAAACGACGUGACGCUUUUCGGUAAAUCCGUGUUGCAAGAGAGCGGUCUCGGGCGGGACGUAAUCGCGGGUAAAGUGCAGAAGGACGAGGGCAUUCGACGAUUCGACGCUCAAGUCGAGUCGGACGACAUCAAGGACUUGGGACAACGAAAAGUAUUGGAUAUCACGGAAGAUAUUUCGGCUUCUCAAAAAGAUGACAGCAACAAGGAAAGGCGAGUGAUUGUUACCGAUAUAAAUCCCGUAAACGAAGGUGAGACAAUAUCAGAAAGAAAAAAGGACGCAGAGGUGCCUUCCGAUGUUUCAGAAAACCUGAAGAAGACCGCGAAUCUGGACGAAGCAGAUUUACACAAAGAAGAGACGGGACAAGUUGAGAAAUUAGAGGAACAUUACUCGGACGAGUCACGAAUCGAGAAUACUGAAGAGGUGCGCAAUGAUCUGCGAAGCUUGAAGCUUGCCGAUAAGACUGAAAGUGAAAGGAAUCAGGAGGAACAUGUCGCAAACGAUGCACCGAAAGCUGAAGAAAUCGAAGAUGAAAAUCUGAACAGAGAAAACAGACACUUAACUUCAGGUAAGUCCAAGUCCAAGAGUUCGACUAUUUAUCUGAACGCAGAAGAGGGAAGUUUGCCCGGUCGCGAGCAAGAAUCGAUCGUGGACGGUCAGAUAAAGAAAUUGAUAUCUAUACGAGAUGAUGCUCUCGAAUCGGUCGAGAGCGGCGUGAAACAGUCGGAAAAGUCGAUGGACAUUGACAUAGUUGACGUAACAGACAAGAAAUUGCGCAAUUUACGCAGCAGCAACGCGAACGACGCUUUGACUCUGAGUGAGAAUCUCGAUCAACCGGCGACAGAGGGGGUUCCCAAUCGCCUUCAAAAGUGGAAGAAUCAAGCCGCCCUGCUUCAGGAACAAAUCAAAAACAGAACGUUCCUUCAGUACGUAAGAGAACAAGCGAUCGAGGUGCUUCCUGACAUUCCGAAAUUCACUGAGAUUCAGUUGUUGGAAACGAUGAAAACUAUCGCGCAAACGCGGGCGAAACCUUCGAAUGAGACGUACUCAGCCGGUCUGAACGCAACUGAAUUGAGCAAGGAGCAAAUGGAAAUUAUAAAGUGCGCCGAGCAAUUGGUGGAAACGAAGCAGCGACAGUCCUUCAUAUCGAACAUGUCGGAUUGCAUUCGCAGUCUCAAUGUUCUGAACUGCUUGCGCAUCUUCGUCUGGCCUGUCGUGCUCGACAAUCUUCCGCAGCCGGUCAGAGAUUCGUUGAACAAUCUACCAGUUGAGAUAAACCUGAUCGACUUGUUUCAGGGUAACAGAGCAAAGUCCGCGAGAUUCGACGGCAAUGUGCAUCGUGCGAAGCUGCUGACACCGGAAUCCGUCGUUUUCAACAUCCUGAGAAACGCUCUGGAGACGAAAACCAGCUACGAUCAGACGCCGACGUUCAUCGACCCGAAGAACGAAACUCUGAAAGGGCUCCUCACGAUCGGCCAGAUUCAAAUUCUCCAGAUGGCCGAGAAGCUUCUGCCGGGUGAUGCGCGGCGCGAUUAUUCCGACAGAAUGUUCUCGUGCGUGCGCAGAUUCGAAUACUUCAGUUGCGUCAAGUACUUCGCCUGGCCGACGAUCAAGCAGCAUUAUCCGUCGCUUCCGCCAUUUCCGGAUUAUCAGAGCUGGUAUCCGACGAUACAAUUUUAUCCGCAGUAUCCGAUCGUUCCCUUUCCCAGUUACGUCGGAUCCUCAGGCGAGCUUCCAGAAGUCGUGGACGCGGACGCCACGAGAAUGCGAAGGCCGGAGGCGGUGAUCGUGGACAUUCUUCAGAACACUCUGCGGGAGCACGCGAAAGUACCACCUCCGUCCGUCACUUACAACACCGAUUCCUACGUUGCUCUGCUCCCUCCGGAACAAUUGCUGUCUAUUCACAUGGCCGAACAAUUUCUUCCAGUUCAGUACCGUUCGGAAUUCGUUCAGAAAACCGUCAAAUGCAUCCAGGAUCUUAAUUAUCUGACUUGUAUCAGAUAUUCGACCUGGCCGACAAUCCGACAGUUCUUUCCCUCCGUGCCGAAUAUUACCGAUUGGUUACCGAAUUUAUCCGACUGGCAGUUAUCCAACUGGCAGUUCUCCGACAUCUUGCCGCAAUUUCCAUUUCAAUUACCCGAUGUAUUCUCGUUUAUACCGAGUUUCGGUGGCGGAGGAAGCGCAUCACCGGCAGCCGAAUCGGAAUCCGGUGGUGGUGCCUCCUCGGAAAAAUCGUCUAGUCGAAUCCCCGCGAUAUUGUUUCGUCAGAGUGAGCCUUCUUCCAAGACGUCCGGCGAGUUAGAAAACAAGAUCACGGAGAUUUUAAUGAACGCGCGCAAUUCUCUGAGAGCGAAAUCGGAAAAUUCACUGAUUGGCAACGAAAACAUAAUAGUUCUCACGCCGAUCACUGAGAGGCAACUUAACAUACUCAAACUAGCGGAGAGUCUUGUGCCGUUUGAAGCUCGAGCUCCUCUCGUUACUCAGGUUCUAUCUUGUCUUCGAGCUAAUAACGACUUUUACAAUUGCACCAGAUAUAUUAUUUGGCCCACGGUUGCGCUCUACGUUCCUAACUUCCCUGAAUUUCCCACUUUGCCAUCUGAUCCAGAAUCUCCGAAACCGGAAGAGACGUCGCAGCAGACGUUGCUGCAAAAUACGAGCUCGUCCCAACAACCUGCUAAAGAUCAGACAAAAGACAAGACAAACGCGAUAAAUGAAAAUGCCGCGAAUCCCAACGUAAAAAUUAUCUCCAGGACGAAAUUUCCGCAGAACAACGGUCCUGUCAUCAGCGUGACCGGAACGUCAUUCGUGCCGAUAUUUACCGAACAUCCCGAGUCGGUGAUACUUAACAUUCUCAGAUCGAUACAUUUGUCCGUGCCGAACGUACAAGAGAAUCAGGUUAUCUCGAACUCUAAAAAGCAAGAAUUCAGCGAUUUGCUUAACGAUCGACAGACAAAUAUUGUUAAAAUAGCGGAAAAUCUACUGCCCGACGCUCGUCGUCCCGCAUUCGUCAAUCGAAUGUUACAGUGUGUUCUCAAUAAUAACUUUUUGACGUGCUCGAGAGACGUGUUGUGGCCGGCUCUCUCGGAAUAUUAUUCGAGGCUGCCCAGUUUUCCUAAUUUCGGAACGAAUCCUUUGUCGAGCAACAGCAAGCCCGCGGUGGUUCAAAAUCUAACCGAUCCGUCGCCAUUCUCGGAAACCAACGUUAAAAUCGGUCAGCAUGGCGACGCUACUGUUACAAUCACUGAUACAAGAUUCUUUCCUAUCUUCACGGAACAUCCGGAAGGUGUGAUUUUGAACAUCCUUAAAGCGGUGCAGCACGCCGCACCGAGUGGUGUUCUAAACACCAUGAUUAUCUCCAGAUCGCCAGAAAUUAUGAGAUACUUUACGGAACAGCAAGCUAACAUUGUUCAGAUCGCCGAGAGUUUGCUACCGGAAUCAGUGAGGCCAGUAUUCGUGGAGAGAAUGGUCACUUGCGUUCGUGAAACCAUGUUUCUCGAGUGUACCAGAGACAUAGCUUGGCCGACCAUCGCUCAAUUCUUCCCGAGACUGCCGAAUUUUCCAAAUUUCGGAAGCUACCAGAGUACGCCGAGAAUGAAAAUUGAUUUAGCGUCCAUUUUAUUGCGCAACGCCUAUCCGGAGAAUCAAACGUCCAACGAAAAGGCCGAAAAUACAUUAAAGACUGCCGUGGAAAUUAUCGAGGAAAAAAUAGAAGAUGUGCUGAAGAAUUUACCGAACAAAGAUCCGACGCUGCGUGUGGAGAACUCAUAUCUUGACGUGAAUAAUCCCGCGAUAAGUUCUCUUCUCUCAGCUCGAGAAAUGAGUAUCGUCAAAUUAACGGAAAAAGCGAUACCAGACACGAUACGUCGCGCAUAUGUAACCAACAUGCUCGAAUGUAUGAGAAGCAACAACUUUAUUACUUGCACUCAACAUAUCAGCUGGCCGACUUUGAGACAAUUCUUUCCGAGUGUGCCUACCUUCGACGACAUAGCGGGCCAGUUGCCUGGCGGCGGUCAGAGUCCUAGUGGCGGUCAAUUUCCUGGUAUCAGUCAAAUUCCUGGUGUCGGUCAAUUUCCUGGUGUCGGUCAAUUUCCCGGUAUCGGCCAGAUUCCUAGUGGCGGUCAAUUUCCCGGUGCUAGUCAGAUUUCUGAUAUUAUCAGUCAAAUUUCUGGUGGAGGUCAAAUUCCCGGCAUAAGUCAGAUUCCCGGCUCCGAAUUUGCAGGACCUAUAAUUACAAAUCCUUUUGCUGACGGUUCCAAUAUACCUUCUUUUCCAAUACCCUCGCCUCCUCAAAUCACGAUCCCGGGUCAAUUUCCAUUCCAACCUUCUAUUCCUCAAUUCCCUUCCAUCGGAUUUCCUGGUUUCGGUGGUUAUCAGCCACAAUUCAGCAUUUUGUCGACCGCACCGCAGCAGCUGAAACCUCUUAUAUCGAAGGAAUCGCAACAAGAGUCGGUUCAGUCCAGAGUCGCGCACACAGAGACGAAUCAGAUAAAUGGAGUAUCGAGAGCUGCGAACACUCCGUCAGUAGAAAAAGGAACACCGCAUAUCGUCCCCGGAUACCUUGGACAACCAACGAACAUCUUCAUAGAUAUUUCCAAGGAGAAAGUUCAGUUGUCUGACAUUGAACGAAAACAAGGUCCAUCGCCGAAGCCCAGUCCCUCGGAUUCAUCGUUGAGAGCACACAAAAGAAGACGAAGAAGCACCAAGGAAGAGUUAUUGAAUUCUUACUACGAGACGAAUGAUGAAAUCGAACGGGCUUCGAAAACGAUAACAGGCACAAUGUUUCCAAACAUCACGGAAACCGAGUUUCUUCAGCUUUUAGUCAAUAUUUCCAAGUUAAAGAAGCCAUUGGAGAAGAGGCCAGCGGAGAAUUCGAAAGAAUAUUUUGUAGAUACAUUAAAUUCUACAGUUAAAAACUCUCUGACCGCCGAUCAGUACGAGAUAUUAAAGCUGGUGGAAGAUUUGGACGAGCGCGUCACAACUCGAGGUUUUCUGUCGCAAGUAAUCAACUGUCUACUCAGUUUGAGCUUUAUCAAAUGCAUGGGUAUUUUCAUCUGGCCUCUGAUCAUCAACAACGUACCGUCGUUGAUCGAUUUAUCGUCUGCGUCCAUCUCUAGUCUCGGUAUCCUCGGAAGAUCGACAGAAGCCGAAGUGCAGCAUUACUUCGGCAUGUCAACGAGCGAUUUCGAGAAGGAACUGCUGACGAGAAAGGAGUCUGUUGAACAUCUCUUUUUAGAUUGGUAUCAGAAGCUAAUGGAGGAUAAAUUUCAGGCAGACUUCGGUAUUCUGAAGAUCAGAGGCUACGGGAACGGCGAGGUGGGCGUCAGCCUCGGCGAGUAUCGCGAAGGCAGAGCUACGAAAAUCAAGGACAACAAAAACUUGCCGAGUAUUCUGACGAUCAUCAGCGAUAUCAUGGAAGAAGUUUUGGAUCAGCGACCGGACAAUGAGAAACUUAAGAAAGAAAAGGAGAAGAGAGAAAGAAGUCUAGAUGAUACACAGGAAACGGACUUUCAGUUUCUAAAAGAGAGCGACGAGAACGCAGAAAUUAAACGAUCAAUGAACGACGAGCAGAUAAUCACCAUGUUUCUAGAUAAAAUAAAAGCCAACGCGACAGAUUUCGCUGAAGGUGACGUCACAAAAUAUUUCAACGUGGAAGAUGCGUACAACGCUUUCAGCGUACUCUUCGGGAGCCGGUUGAAUAAGAAAUUUGUGAGUAGAUUUAAAGUUUUUACCGAGGAAAAUCUAAAGAAAAUAACCGAAAACCACGCGAAGGAGCAGAGCACAGAAGAAUUGAAAGUAAUACCCUUGAAGACGCAGGUGAUUUAUGAUCUUGAGAAAGAGUCUGUAGAGAGUCAUCAGGAACGCGAAAGAGAACAUCGCGCGAAGAAUGAAUUCAGAUCUCUGUUGGAUAAAUACUCGGACAUGCUCGUGAAAGGCAUUUCUAUUAAAAAGAUCGAAGAUCCGGAUAACGAAAUUAAGAUGAACGACACCGAAUCGUCUUCUAAGAAGAGCAAACGCUCGGAAUUGAGGAUCUAUUUGCCACGUUUGCAAGAGGAUAUCACAUCCAGAAAAAUCACGAGCGAGAUGGUGCAUCUCGGAAAAGCGUUGAAGACGAAGAUGAGUAAUAUGAUGCCUGGAAUUGGUUUCAUUAUAACCUUCCUCAUUCAAAUGGCCCUGGCUCAUGCGAGAGCGGCUGCCACCAUGGCCGGGAUGAUCAGCAACAUGGCUCUCGCAUCAGCCAUGUUCGGCAUGAUUCGGCAAAAUCUCUUCGGAUCGGACAACCCGAAGAUCAAAUACGUUUAUGAUAAUGACAAGACUGGUCCAGGAAUCACUUGGCCUCAUAAUCCUCAUUACGACUCUUACUAUCACGGAAAAUAGCAUUAAAUUCUUUUGAUAAAGUUUACUUUUAAUUUUUUACGUACGGAAACCUUAGGUACACGUACUUAGGAAUUUUUUCGAAGUCGAAAAUCGAAUUUUAUUGGGUUAGCUUUAAUUUUUUGUACUAUCAUAAUAAUAUUGUGGCCGCGUUCAUAAAAAAAAUCAUGAUUUUUGAAUUGUAUAAUCUUCUGUGAUUAAAGAAAAGUUUAUAAUUUCUUGAAAACGUCAGUGUCGAAAAGAUAAUCAUCGAACAUUUUUUUAUGAAUGUGUCCAUUGUUCUUCUUAAAUUUUAUUUGCGAUUUAGUAACACAGGUUUCAUAGAGUAUCCUCUCUAAGAGAUUUUAGUGUAGAUAAACAUAGAACCCCUGAAGAAACGGUAUUCUCGUAGAUGAUUAUGGAAACAAUUCCUCGCAAUUUCAUUAUAAUAUGCAAGAAACACACACACACACACACACACACACACCAUAUAUAUGUAUUUCACAGGAAAUAUUUAUUUCAUUGUCAUAAAUGGGAUUUUACGGUGGAGGGUAACACUUUUUCAUAUUUUUUUAGAGGUCAUACAAUACAUAGAUUAAAAAAUCUCAUGCGGUAUAUUGCAAAAUAAAAAUAUUGAAUUACUAGUAUAAGUUUUAUAAGUAAGACUGAUGUGCUCUUUGAUUGCAUAUGAAAUAAAUGGUGUGUUACUUUUA